GUACAUGGGCACGCUGCCUCGAGGGCUUCAGCAGCUGUCUUUUAAAAAGAUUUGCCAGUUCUACGAGGGCAAACCACGAUUCGUCACCCUGUUCGACACCUUCAGCCACAUCCCCAUUUAUUCUGCGUACACCUUCAAGCGCUCGGACGGCUCCAAGAAGGUGGAUGUGCCUUGGAUGUAUGAACCACAGCUCUCCACAGUGUCUGAUUCACGUGAGAUGCAGCCCUUCCCUUCAGAAAACCUUCACAAGAGCUUUGAGGAUGCUCAGGCCGUGCUUGAAGACUACUCCAACAGUGUCAUGUUUGAACGUGGUCAGCUGAAUCCGGACGAGCACCAGGGCGACAUCCAUGACAAAGCCUCCACCUACACGCUGACAAACGUGGUCCCUCAGGUCAGAGAGUUCAACAUUGGCCCCUGGAAAGAUCACCUGCACAUGAUUCGCAGGCGGCUCAACAACUACUGUCGUGGCACCGCAUAUAUAGUCACCGGGGUCACGACCUCUGGGCACAGCAUCCGCAGACACAACAUCAACCGCCUGGGCAUCCCCACCUACCUGUGGUCGGCAUACUGCUGCAUCGAUUUUGACCACAAUGCACCAUUCUCCGAGCGCUCAAAGUUUCCUGUGUUUGCAGCUCACGGGCUCAACGACAGGGAGGAUAACAAGGUCCAGGAGAUGACGGUGCAGCAGCUGGAGGACUUCCUGAAGAAGGUUACCUAUGUCGACAGCUCCUUCCAGAUCUUCUAUGCCAACUGCGUGGCUCUCAAUAGUGCCAUGCCGUGAGAGAAGAAGAUUGGUCCUUUUAUAUUUAUGCAAUUGUCUUUAAGAUUCCAAAUUCAGCCGUCAAAUAGGAGUAAAUAUUGAAUUACUUUAUGCAGUUUUCUGGGGUAAUUUAAACUUGAUGCUCCCUUGUCUCAAUUUCUUCACCAAUAUAUAAUCUAGUAUAUCUUUAUUUGCUCUUUGGCAGCUUGUUUGCAGAUUGAAAUGUAAAUCCCACCACCACUAUUACACUGAUCUUUUCUUAUUUAACGUGGUCAAAGUGUAAAGAAUAUAACCCCAAAGGUCCUCUUAAAAACUUUUCCGAGCACCAUUUGCUGAGAAGGAUGUGUUUUGAAAGCUCUGAAAAGAUACUAAGUGAAACUUUGAGCUUAGAUUUGUAUUCAUAUAAUUGUCCCCAAAGGUUAAAAUUGGUCUUACAUUAAAACAUUGGUCGGAGUAAAACAUUUGAAAUGAUGUUGUACUUGAUGGUGCGUCAACUAGCUUGUGUUGCGAGUUCACUCACCAUGAAAACCCUAAAUGGUUGUACUCUUCCUUCACUCUAUCCUUAUCUGAUGUUAAUUUACUGACUGGGAACUACUCCAGCCUCUGUAGGCCUUUUGUUCAUCACCGACAGAUUAGACCAGCAGUUUUACAUCCAGCCUCUUAACUGCAGCUAUACACCUUUAUAGUAACCAACACAGAGAAACUCAUGACCAACUGGUGUACAAUCCACAUUCUGACUUAUCAGUCUGUUAUCCUCAACAAGACUAUUCCCAUCAAAUAGUUUUACUUAUCAUUGAAUAAUAGGAAUUAGUGUAUCAGAAUAGCAAACAGUAAAAAAUGAAAUGGGCUCAGCUUAUUUUGUUAUUUUUGAGGUACCUCCUUUUCUUUACAUUUGGAUUUCAAA